GAGGGGCCAAGCCCCACUCGUGCCGCUUUUUCUCCCCCUUUUUCUUCCUCCUCCUCCUCCUCCUCCUCCUCCUGCUGCUGCCGCCGCCGCCGCCGCUCCUCCUGCCGCCGCUGCCCGGCUCCGCUCCGCCUCGCCAGCCCCGAGCCGGCUGCCCCGGCCCUGCCGAUCCUCCCCGGCUUCCGCAGCCCCGGCCCGGCGGGCGGACACCCGGCCGGUGCUGAGCACAGCCUGCAGGCUCACGCUAAGAUCCCACAGCUGGAAGCCCGUGGCAACCAGAUCUGAGAGCUGAGCUCUGCCAGAUCCCCAACGGCCCGUGGGCCUCUCCGCAAUGCUGCAGUGCAAACACACUCAGGAGUUCAGCUUCGGGCCCCGGGCUCUGAAGGAUGCAUUGAUCUCCACCAAUCCUGCUCUGCAGGAGCUCUAUGCCAAGGCUUUCUCCAGGGCAGAAAAGCUGUUCCUUUCUGAAGCCUACAACCCACAGAGGACGCUUUUCUGCACGCUGCUCAUCCGGACAGCUUUCGAUUGGCUCCUCAGCCACCCCGAUGCCCCCGAGGACUUUGAAACCUUCUACCAUGCCAUGCUGAGGAGAAAGCAGAGCUUCUGCAGAAAGCACAUCUACCUGCAGCCUAUUGACCUGACCGAAGGGCCUGCGGGACCUUCACUGCUGGAUUCCCUUCAGAGCUGCGUGGAGUCUUUCUUCCUGGGGCUCCGUGUGAAGUGCCUUCCUUCCAUCCCCAUCUCAUCAAUUCACUGCUGCUACCGCCACAGCCAGGACUCAGACAGAGUGCAGCUGCAUGCAGAUGGGAUCCUGAACUUCCUGAAGAACAACAAGCCCAUGGAUGCUCUGUGUGUCCUCGGGCUCACUCUGUUGGACCUGUACCCAUGUGAGACCUGGAGCUUCACAUUCAGCAAAUUCCUGCCAGGACAAGAAGUGGGUGUCUGCAGCUUUGCCAGAUUUUCCGGGGAUUUCCCCCAGGCCAGCUGUAGCAGCUUGAACCCACUCACAAAGAAAGAACAGUUAAGUGAUGUCAGCAAGGAGAGCCGAGAGCGGACCUUGCCAUUCAGUGCCCAAGAGAUGGUCCAGUGCUGUAAGGUGACCUGUCACGAGAUUUGCCACCUGAUGGGCCUGGGGACGUGCCGCUGGCUGCAGUGCAUCAUGCAGGGCGCGCUGAGCCUGGAUGAAGCCCUGCUGCGGCCCUUGGAGCCCUGCCCCAUCUGCCUGCGCAAGCUGCAGCACGUCGUGGGCUUCAAGCUUGUUGAGCGCUACAGGAAGCUCUAUGCUUGGACGCAGACCAUGCUGUCCACGUGGCCAAAGCAGGAGCCAGCAGACCUGUCAGCCUCAGAGGACAUCCUUCCGCUCAGCUCGGACUCCGGGAUGUGCUGUGAGAACGACUCCGAGGCUGUGACCUCCUUGUCGGAGCCGCUGACACCAGAUGUGUGCAGCCAGGCGCUCUCCAUCGGCCCAGAGCUGGAGCAGGAUGAGCGGUCGUGCUCACUGGCUGAGGUGCAGAGUCAGCCCCAGCUGGCAGGGCCCAGCCAGCCCGCGGAUGUCAUUAAAGAUUACGAGCUGUGGCUGGAGAUGUGCAUCGCUGCCCUGGAGAGAAACGUCUCUGAGGAGGAACUGGCUCGAGUAGACAAGGCUGUGGAUGCUCUGGCUAGGUGGGACAUGUUCACGGGACAGCUGCCCGCUAUGAAGAAGGAUCUGCCCUUCGUUAGGGACAACACCGGGCUACGGAAAGUGCUCGGAGACAAAUUUUCCUCUUUGCGGAGGAAACUGAGUUCCAGAAAACUGUCCAAAGGGGAAUCAUCCCCUCAUCGCUGGCGGUGGGAGGACAACUAGCAAGGGCCUGCCUUUGGAUGGGUCAGCUUUGCUGCCGAGGCUUUGGCUGCAUUGCUGCCCUGG